CGUAAUGAUUUCCUCGGUAAGUUUGCUCCAACUACCGGCUGACGAAUUGUUAUAAAGUCUCCAAUGCCACUCCUGGAGGGCUUUGAUCGAACAAAUCAACUACACACCAGACCAAACACCAAAUACAACCUACUUUGCUCAUCAAGAACCACCAAAUAUCUCUAACCAUGGCAACAAAAUCCUGCCUCCUCCUCACCAAAUCCUCCGUUUCUACACGCCCUGGCGGCACAAUCCUGGCAGCGGCCGGCUACGAAGAUGCGCGAGGGAUCGUGGAAGCUAUAGAAGGCACACUUGAGGCGAACACCAGCAAAGUCAAACACUUCCUCAAGACCAACGUAUUCUGUCUCAAGCCAACUGUGUCGAUCGCCACACUUCGCCCAAUCGAAGUUCCCGACCUCAUGGCACUUCCUCCCUGCAAAGCCUUGAUCCGACACUUCGCUCUCGAUGAAGCCUUUACUGAGGCGGUAAACAAGCCUCAGUCGAUGGAUCAGGGGUUCUACACACACAUGUUUGAUCUCUAUGAUGAUGUCUUUGUGGACAUCGACCAGCAGGAGGAUCGCAUCGUUCUACCCCAGCACGCGCUGCUCAUUGAAUACAAGAUGUCACCCAAAGCUAAGAAAGUCAUUGGGGGGCUGGCUUCGGUGAUGGGAGGCUUGAUUGUCAUUGCAGUCAAAGCCGGGGAGGGAUCGCUCAACUGAAGGCACGUCGUUCGUACAUCGCAGGGUUCAUGAUAAAGGACAC